AUGGAGGGUGUGCUGGUUCUUGAUUCAGAAAACGUCAAUGUUACAGGUGACAAAACAAAGGGAGAGAAACUGGGAAAACGGUCUAUAGUUGGACUUGCGCAAAGGAAAGCAUUUGCCGACAUUAGCAAUUUGCCUGCACAAAAGAAAACGGUUGCUGAUAUUAGCAAUUUGUCACAGCGAAACCAAGAUGGGAAAUCACCAUCUGUUUUAGUUAGUAAAGAGUUUUUUGAGAAGCUCCAACGGGAAAUCAUUGCAUUGACAAAGCGUGUUGAAGAUAGGAAUAAAAUCAUCGAGUUGAGUGCGAUUGAGUUGCAGAAACUGAGAAACAAUUAUCAGCAACUACAGCAACAGAAUCUGCAACUUGCUCAAACAAACAGCCAGAUGUUAGCGGAACUAAAUGCAGUUAAAGGUAAGGUAAGCUUUUAUAUGUGCAAGCCAUUGGAUUGUCGUGCUCAAUAUGCUAUGUUGCAACAUUUAUGUGAACUACUUGGUUCUGUUGCUGUUCAGCUGAAGGCAUAUCAGCAUGAGCUGGGAUGCAAGAAUGGCUUGCUUAAUGCCAUGAAUUUGGAGCUGAAGGAGAAAGCAGAGAAAGUUAGAUGCCAGAAUAAGAGAAAUGAGAUUGAAACCAUCAAAGCUGAUGAGGCUGCACAAUUCUCUCAACCAGAGGAGGAGAAUAAACCUUGCAACACAAAAAGGAAGCGCCAAUCAAAAGUUCAAUGUUUCGACCCUAGUGCUGUUAAACCAGGUCAAACUAGAGAGAAUGUUGACAAGAAGAGUGUUUGUUUGAGAAGGCAAUCUGCUAGGUUUAAAUCUGGAGAAGAAGAACCCACUGAAAAGAACGUUGAUACAAAGAGGCAAUCUGCUAGGUUUAAAUCUGGAGGAGAGGAACCCACUGAAAAGAGCGUUGAUACAAAGAGCGUUUGUUUGAGAAGGCAAUCUGCUAGGUUUAAAUCUGGAGGAGAAUUCACUGAAAAGAACACUGAUGCAAAGAGGCACUGUACAAGAAGGCGAUCUGCUAGAGUUAAAUCUGAGGAACAAAUACAAGAACCAACUGAAGACUUGUUCCCAACAGAUGAUGCUAAAUUUCAUGUUCCUCCAAUACAUGUUGAUCCAGUGCAGGACAGUUGUCCAACAUCAUCAGCUCCAUCUUUAAAAAUUGAAUCUGAUACAGGGAACAGUGUCUUUGAAGCUCAAGAACUGCGAAGGACAUCCUUUCGACCCACACGUCGAGCAGCUGAUAAAGUUCAGUCCUACAAGGAAAUUCCACUUAAUGUGAAGAUGCGAAGAAAUGAGUGA